UUAUUUAUUGUAACUUAACAAAUGUUAUUUGAUGUUUUUCAUGUUUAUAGUUGCCUGAGUUGUCAAAGUCAACUUACAGUAUAAAAAAAGCUCUCGACUUGAACUUGAAUUAACUUCAAAGAUUGUAUAUUAACUCUGCACAGAUGUCUCUUCCACUUGCAAAUAUGAGUAACGGUGGAACAACUUCGACUGUUCAAAUAAACACACGUCCUGAUGAUAUACGAAAGAGAAUUAUUGGCGCUGAAGACAGUACUGAAGGUGACAGUACAAACUGUGGUAAAAUACUUGUUGUUGUAUCAUGGAUUGUUGUAAUUCUUACAAUGCCAUUUUCACUAUUUGUCUGUUUCAAGGUUGUACAAGAGUACGAAAGAGCUGUUAUUUUCAGACUUGGAAGGUUGCUCUCAGGUGGAGCAAAAGGACCAGGAAUUUUUUUUAUUCUUCCUUGUAUUGAUGCAUACGCAAGAGUUGAUCUUCGAACGAGGACAUACGAUGUUCCGCCACAAGAGGUGUUAACAAAAGACAGUGUGACAGUAUCGGUCGAUGCUGUUGUAUAUUAUCGUGUUAACAAUGCGACGAUAUCGAUUGCAAAUGUUGAAAAUGCUCAUCAUUCAACUAGACUACUUGCGCAGACAACUUUACGAAACACUAUGGGAACACGACCAUUGCAUGAAAUACUGAGUGAAAGAGAAACUAUUUCAGGAAAUAUGCAGGCAUCAUUGGAUGAAGCGACUGAUACAUGGGGAAUUAAAGUAGAACGUGUUGAAAUAAAAGAUGUUCGACUACCGGUACAAUUGCAAAGAGCCAUGGCUGCUGAAGCUGAAGCAGCUCGUGAAGCUCGAGCAAAAGUUAUUGCUGCUGAAGGUGAACAAAAAGCUAGCAGAGCACUUCGAGAAGCAUCAGAAGUUAUUGGAGAUUCACCAGCAGCAUUACAAUUACGUUAUUUGCAAACAUUAAAUACAAUUUCAGCUGAGAAAAAUUCUACUAUUGUAUUCCCACUGCCGAUUGAUCUUUUGACUUAUUUUAUGCAAAGCAAAGAACCAAGAUCUUAAAAUUUUUUCAAAUACUUGUCUGUUUGUUUAUUGAAUGCUAAUGAUUUUCAAUUAAUCAUUAAAUUUAAAAUAACAAAAUUACAAUUGUAUUAUACAAAUUAUUUAAAAAUCAAUUUAUUAAUUAUUGUAUGUGGUUUUUGUAUAUAAAAAACAAAAAAGAAAAUAAUUUAAUAACAAAUUAUAAAAUUUGUCCAAAAUAAUUUUAAAUAUUCAACUUGAUUAGUUAAUAUAUGUAUAAAAAAAUGUCAUAAACACCAUAGAAAUACGCUGGGAAUUAAUUACUUAAAUUCCAUAACGAAAAAUAAAAGAAUUUUAAUAAAUAGAUAAAUAAUAUUAAAACAAAAAAUAAGAAAAGAUUUCGAUUUCGAUUUCGAAUAAUAUAUGCUUAUGAAAAGCAUGAUAAAUUUGUAUAUUUUAUAUCAUCUUUACUUUGUCAAUUAUUUAUCAAAUCCCUAAUCAAGUUGAACUAAAUAAUAUAUAAUAAUGUUGCGUUUUUUAACAUAAUGAGCACAGAGUUUAUUUUGAAUAUUAUAAUAAUGUACGAGUGUAUGUUUUUGAUCAAUAAAAAAUGUGUUAAAAAAUAAUAAAUUUAUCAAUCAUUAGUAAAA